CCAACGGCUGCGUCUAUUUCGGACAGAGAUUGUGAUACGAGGGAGGGAGAGACUGUAGCCAUGAACUACAAGCCGUCCCCACUUCAAGUGAAAUUAGAGAAGCAGAGGGAGCUGGCUCGGAAGGGCUCCCUGAAGAACGGCAACAUGGGAAGCCCAGUUAAUCAGCAGCCCAAGAAGAACAACGUGAUGGCACGAACAAGGCUCGUCGUUCCCAAUAAGGGCUAUUCGUCGUUAGACCAGAGUCCAGAUGAAAAGCCACUGGUAGCCCUGGAUACGGACAGUGAUGAUGACUUUGAUAUGUCCAGAUACUCCUCCUCGGGAUACUCAUCAGCUGAGCAGAUCAACCAAGACUUGAACAUCCAGCUGCUAAAGGAUGGGUACCGGUUAGAUGAGAUCCCAGAUGACGAGGACCUCGACCUAAUCCCCCCUAAAUCGGUCAACCCUACCUGCAUGUGUUGCCAAGCCACCUCCUCCACCGCCUGUCACAUCCAGUAGUGAGGCCGGCAGGCUGUGAUCAGUGCUUUCCACUAUAACUGUAAAACUUAACAGCCAUUGCUUCCUCCUAUGGUAGGACGUGCACCUCUUUGUGUUCAUGGAGCCAGGAGAAACCAAAAAAUUCAUUUUAUGAUUGGUCAAUAAGUUAUUUUAAACUAUGGUUAAACAAAAGAAAAGUUGCUCAAAGUGCCAGGCAGUGCCUGGCAGAACUGACUGGUCUGGAGAGCAAAUUCAGAGGGGUCUAGAGGUACCUCCUUGGUUUGUGUAGACACUGGGGAUAUUUUUUAAGGUGUCUGUUCCAGAAUGGGAAGGGUCAGAUGGGGUUGCAGGUAAUCCUGCCUACCAAAACCAAAAUCAGGGGAUGAGUCUGAGGUGUCAGGGGGGUUUACCAGUGAGAGGAAGUCAGUUCUUAAUUCAUUCACUAAACCUGUUUCAUUUGCAUAACCAAAAUGAUACUGUAAGUGGGGGCACAGGAAUGGAAAUGGACCAGGGCAUCCUUUCUUAUGGCAAGGACUAGCAUGACACACUCCAUUCAUUUGUGAAGAGGACAAAUAGGUGGCAUUUCACUGUGAGUCAGUACUAGUUAGAGCUGUUGUGUCACAUAUCCAAUGCCGUCUACCCUUAGCUCCACGUUAAAUUGUCACUGAACACAUCAGCUUCGAUCUGUAAUCCAUCCGCACUCUUUGGGGAUUCAGGCCUUGCCCAAGAAUACCGCGCUCCUGCGUUCAGUCCAGGCACCUAUACUGACUUCAGCCCAUACUUAAUUCCUGCAAGACCCACCUGCUUCCAAAAAUCUUAAACUUUCUUCAGCUAAGGAAAAAUAGAGCCCUGCGUGAGACGGGAGUGGAGCUGUGCAGCCUGAAGGUCAGUGCCGGAUAAGCUAGUUGAGGAAAGCACGUUUUUACAGUGCUCAACUUUUGAUAUUCUCUUGACACUGUGUCUCUUGGUGCCUGUGGGAGAGAUUGGUGGUGGUGUCAGGCUUUAGGGGAGUUUUCAGCAGCAGCAGGGUUAUGAACAGCUUCAGCUGGAAAAAAAGAAAAACAAAAAAAACCCCAAAACAAACAACAAAACCAUGAGAGGAAGCUACUGUUUAUCCCACCUCUGGCCACUUGUGCACCGGGCUCGGUCUGUGUUAGAGCAAUUCCGUGUCGGCAGCAAAAUUGUGUUUAUUUGGUGCUGGGGUAAGUCAGGAAAUCUGGCGUUACAUGAGGUGGCCGGGCUGAAUUGCCAGCUGACCGGCAGAUUGUUUUUAAUGCAAAAUAAUUUCUGGAAUUCGGAAGCGUGUCCCCUCCCUGGCCGGCCUUACACUGCUGCCUUCAGCGUACGCUCAGGGCCCAGGCGUUUUUCUCAGCAUCAAAAUCUUUUGCCACCGGCACGACUGUGUGUUUUCCUGCUCUGCCCAGGAGGAAGGACCGCCUGCCUUGGGUCAUCACUUGCUUUGUAGCCCAGGGAAGGGAAAAAGCGAGGCCAAUUCUGAGCUUCCCAAGGGAACUCCCGAGUCACAGGGCAGGGCCUGAGUCUCCCCCCCGACAGACAGGCCCCCCGUCUGAAACCUGCAUGGAGUGAGUCCAGUCUUCAACAAGUCCUCUUCAUCAUGAGGAGGAGGAUUAUUUCACAUCCUGGGGCUUCGCUCUGUGCAGCACAAAGCACGAUACCAUCCACAGGGAGAGCAAAAAGAGCAGGCACACAGGAUUCCUGGGCUUUGUUAUUCACUAGCUGGUAUGGGCAACUGUUUGCCCCCCCUGCCCUCCCUAAAACAGGGUGCUGCCACUCUGGCUCCAGGCCACGGAAAGAGGACGCAGAGAUGCUGUUCACUGAGCAUCCCUGCCUCCUCACGCAGAAAUACUGGUUCAUUUGCCAGCUCCUCGAGGAAGAGUGUUUCUGAAGUGAGUUCCUCUCCCUUUCUCACCGCCCAGUAACACUCGGAGGGAGUAUUUCCACAAUGUUUGUAAAGAAGCAGGUCUCCAAUUUUUCACUUCUUGCUCACUUCACGUGCCUGCUUUCCUCUCCAGUGCUGGCUCAGGUUGAGGUUAGCAAGUUGUCUGGAAGUGAGGGAAGAGCUCUAACAAUGCUGUGUAGAUAGAUAAAAGGGGGAAAAAAAGAAAAAAAACAUUCCUUAAGGAGUCUUUUAAUGGGGAAUAUAUUCAAAACCUGUGGUCAAACCAAAUCCUAUCGGACAUCUCUUUAAAUCUUCGCUUUUCUAAAGAGGGACAGCGUUGGUACCAUGCAACGUCUUUAUGGCAUUUAUCCUCCUGGGUUAGUCUCUGUGCCUUCCAGCCGGGCUGUGCACGCUCUGCCUGUCCCACAGCCCUCGCUCAGGAGCUCGGAGCAUUUCAGUGUGCCUGCUAGAGCAACAAGCCAUCUCCUUACCUGGGUCAGCCGUGGAGGACUGCAGCUCUCACAGGUCUCCGUCGCGCUGCCGUCAAUGUUCAGUCUAAGACAGAGUGGGGCUUGCGGAUGCUGUACCUCCCAGGGUUAACACCUCCCUGCUGAAGGACAGACCUUCCCUGAUAACCCCUGCCCACGGCACCACCAGCAAGCCUUUUUAUUGCCCCUUUGGCUGUUUUUUGCCUGCUGUGUGCCCUGAGGCAUUCCACAGCCCUGCAACUGCCCUCGGCCCUUCGCAUCUGCUUCUAGCACAAGCCUUUAGGAGGGAAGGAGGUGAAUUUCAGUGUUACACCCAGUGCUUCCUCCAAACACAGAUGGAAGCACAAGCCGGGUGUUUUUUUCCCUGAGCACGGAAGGAGUUCGUUGCACAAAUAACUGGUUUUGGCAUGACAGUACAGGACCAUAAAAUGGCAAUUUUUUGGCUUCUCCUCUCUAUGCUUUGUGUUCAUAUAUUUUAUUAGGGAAAUAAAGUAGAAAGGGUGGGGAAAAGUAGUUAACUUGUGUAAGGUCAUUAUCAGGAAGGCUGAAUGGAUUAAGGCAAUGCACCUGUGGCUAUCACAGAAAAUUGAACACUAACCCUUCUGAACUGCAGCCCCCUUUAAGCAGGUUGUGACCAGGUGGUGUGUUUUUUGGCUUGUUAUGGAAUAUGGUGGGCAGCCUCUCAGUGUGUAUUAACCACAGGCUGGGCUGGCUCUCCCUGUCCGGUCUCACGUUCAGACCUUUGCUUCAGCCAGAAGGUCUUAUUGUGCCCUCAUUGGAGGUUACACUGUGGUGACUUCCCGGGAAAGGUGUGUAGAUAGGUGGCCCAUCCUGGCACUGCUCUCCUUAGGACCAGUCUCUGCCACCAUGGCCUACAGAAGGCAAAAGCAGAAAGCACAGACCCAAACUCUGUCACAACAUUAUAAAGCCCUAAAAUCUUCAGAGCUGCUGGGCACCCUCCUAAAUGCAGAUGGCAUGCGAUAAAGCAAAUCACUGCUUGUUCCAGUCUUAGCACCAAACCAGGUGGUCUUCUCAGGCCCCAUUUUCAGUCCAAAGUUGGACAGAAUACCAAGGGGAGGAGCACGAUGGAGUAUGGAAGUCUGCAUUGCUGUCCACCUAAAUUACCGUGCAAAUGGGAUUUAAAGAUAUUGGUGCUGGUGCCUCCAGACAGGAUUUGCAUUUGAUGCCUCCUAAAGCCAGGCUGGCUUUUUGUUAGGAUUUUGCGUAAUCUCUGUCACUAAAUUACCUGAGUUUAAGAAGUCCUUUCCUUUUGUCAGAUGUUAAUUUUGCCCUUGUAUGUGAGCUGGCUUUGAACUCCAGGGUCUCAGCACUCAGCUCUGUCUCUCCAGUCUGCAAACUCCCCGUUUUGAGAUGUCGGUGUGAGGAGGAACAUCCUCCUAGUGUUGAAGAAGUUCUUUAGGUAGUGUGGUCUAGUCUGCUUUUCCGGUGGUUGUAAAUAAACUUUGGUUGAAAGAAGGCUGAUGUCCAGGUGACCAUCCCAAAGGCUCAUUUGAUGUCUUGUCGGACAUAUCUUGAAGCCAACCCUUGGAAGAGCCACUGGGGCAUAUCUGACGUUGCUGCAUGUCCACCCUCCAACAUGUACGCUUGGCCAUUGGGUCUGCUAUGCUGUUCUGGCUGUCUUGUCUGCAGAUGCCUUGCGACUCCAAAAGCAGGCGACCAAGCCUGCUGCAUGGACUUCUUUUAAAGGGACUUCAGGAUGCUCCCCUGUGGAUAGGAUGGACUCAGCUGCUUCUGGUUUGUCUCUCCAGCUCCUUUCCCAAAAGGAGGCGCCUGCUCCGCUCAGCUCUCUGCUGGCUGACACGUUGGUCUGCCACCCUGUGUAGAAUCCUUUCCUCUCCAUGCAGAGCCUUGUCCUCAGGCUGUCCUGCAAGCUGUGCAGCGGCCAGCCAGGAGGCUUGGAAAGCACAGCGCUCCGUGUGUGACUCAACAGAAACACGAAGACGCUUUUGAAGAAAGGAAGGACCCAGCUGGGCACCAGAUGGAACAACAGGAAGAGGAAAACAAGCAGUAACUAGAAAGGUUGCCAAGCGCUGUCUUGGCCUAGGGCAGAUCCCAGUUGUCCGAGUUAAUCCAUCUCCGUGCAGUGCCGAUACCAGCAGGGAGCACAGCUCGCUUCCAGAUGCACGCACCAGAAACACCACGUCCCCCGAGCUGGCACCGCGGCCAAAUACUGCUGCAGAGAGUCUGCUGGACUGUUAACAGCACCGAGAUGAGAUCUGGGGUCCCUUGCUGCUGCCGGCACCUGGUACACAUUUGCUGUAACCUCAAGCAAGUCACACCCCCUCUUGGUGUCCAUUCCCUUCUGCAGCACAGGGAAGAAACCUGCCUUCCCAAGAUGCUGCCUGGAUUUCAUCAAGUGUGUGGUGGGCACCAUUGAUAGCCUCUGCAAGCGAGAUGCAAAAAGCAUGCUAUAGAAAUUUUAUGCAUAUUUUCAAGGUACUACUCAGCUUUCCCUCUGCUUGCCAGCUUCUGGUGUUGCUUGCGUGUGCCAGAAGGCUGCGGGGUGCAGGUUAGUAGAGAAAUUAAACAGCUUUUGGGGGAAGAUGUUUGGCAAGGGUGCGUUUUCCCCAUUAUUUGGCAGCUGGCUCUCGCACAACUGGCUUCUAUCUGCGUGCUGUUGCAUGGAACAUGUGAGAAGAUUUGGUGGCCCAACAGCACCAUCCCCUGCGAGUAGAAUUAAGGGACUUACUAAGAGUAAGCAACUGGGAUAGCGAGUGCUGAUGGCAGAAGGGCUCAUCUGGGAUAUUCCCGUGGCAGUUUCACGCUUUCACUUUUAGCAUCCAUGUAAUCAUUUGAGGGUAUAAACUGGCCAUUUUGCCUGUUUUUUUCCUUUACUUUUCCAUUCUGCCUUCAAGCUCACAUGGGGUACGGCCACCCUUACCUCAAAUGAAGUAGGCUUUGUCACCUGGCUGCUGCUUGGCUCAGCAAGCUCAGGCUGCACAUUCAAAGGAAACAUUUGCAUCAAUGGGCAAGGAGCAAGCUGGGCUAGGUUGAGCCUAAGAGGAAGCCAAAGUCUUCAUUUUAAGGUGCUUUUUCACCUCUAGGAGGGCAUUGCACCCCUGUCAAUUGCUUUCAAGGCUUUCCUGUGAGAGGUGUUGCUCCAAAUCUUGAACUGCAUCUCAUCAAACCCACCUCCUUUCAGAGCUACUCAAGCCCUGAAGCAGAAGGGCCAGCAAUUUAGCACAGGGGAAGAGGCUGAGACCUGGGAUUACCUACCGAAGAUUAAUGCAGGUUUCUCACAGGGGCUGGCAUCCAUCUUUUAUCUUCCCGUAUGUAUUAUGCAGCUGAGCUGCUGCCCCGCUUCCAAAAAACUGCAGCUACAUCCCCUCUUCUGCCUACCCUGCCACCCUUGACACUGGUUGCAAUCCCAGGAUCACAGCAGCUUAAACGCUGCCUGGCUGAGCUCUGCUUGGACAGCUUGCUGGGGAGGCAAAGGCUGGGGGCUAAUUGAGAUUACACGGAGCAGAGCACCGUGGCCCACACAGCAAGCCACAUUGCAGAGCAGUGUGGACACUGGAAGGAGAGACUGCAGGUUUCCCUGAGGCCUGUGGAGAGCAGCUCUUCCCGUUGCUUCCCAGACCCAUUUGCCACUGGUGGUGGCUCCCAGCCUUUCUCUUUCUCUGAAAAGCAGCUCCAGCAAAAGAUGGAUUUGCUCCCGGAAGGAACCCGCCUCACUGGUUGUGCUUGGUCUGUGGAGCCAUUUCCAUACUGACACAUGGUGACACAGGUGGCAGGACUGCGUCGGGGAUUAGAAGGUAGAAUAGAAGGUUCAUUAAAAUGUGACCCUCUCAGAUGUGUCACUGGAAACUAUCACAGUAGGCACCAGGAAAAGAAAAGGUCACCAUGCUGAGAUAAGUCCUGUUACUUGCCGAGGUGUUUACCCUCCUGGAGCAGCAUUUCUCCUCUAGGUGCCCAUCCAGCUGAUCCAGGUGAGCUCACUGGGAAGCACCACUCUCUACCCAGACUGCCUUCUUGCUUCUUGCACCCCAGAAGAGCAGCAACUCCAUUUGUUACUCACCUUCCUCGAGCCUGCAUGGUUUGGGAGAUGCAAAUUUUGUUGGGAGAUGUAAUACAGAUGCCUGGAGAGAGCUGGAAAACUUGGACAAGGUCUCUUCAUGACAGCCAUUCUGGUUUUUAUCACCUUUAUCUGCAUCCCCAGCUCACAUAUUUCUUUACUUGGUCUCUUUGCACAGAAAAGCUGCAGUAGCAGUUCUGUUCAGCUUGUAGCUGUCUCUGCCCUGAGGCAAACCCAAGGCAAAUGUCAGACCAGUGGGAGACACAACAGUUGUGGAGAUCCAACAAGAUCAUGGGUGAUCCAGGGAGCAGGCUGGGUUUUCUCCUCACCCGCCUGAAGGCUGAGGGGCUGAGGGUUCACCAGGCAAUGUGAUCCAGCAAGCCAAGCUUGGCCGCCUUCACGCUCCCAGUCUCAGUGCUGUGGGAGGUCUGGGACCCAAGUCCCAGGCCUGCCAGCCCAUGUCCUCCUGGUGCAAGCUGGAGAGAUGUGAUGGGAUGCCCGUUGGCUGUGCUGGGGCUGGGAGCUGUAAGACAUGCUGGCAGGGCUGUAGUUCUGCAGGGAGAAAGACUCUUGCAAAGGGUGAAGUCUUUGCAGGGGAGAAAAUUCGGAAAGUUGGGGGGGGGGGCGUGUUCCCCCCCUUUUUGCACAUUUUUAACCAUUUUUACUCCUCCCACCGAGGUUAUUGAACCUUCAGUUUAAUAAAGGAAAUGAGCUAGCAUUAAAUAGCUUUGUGAAGGGUCUGAAAGCAGGCGCUACUUGCGUGCAGAGCGGGUCUGUGGCGCUAAUACACGACUUCCAGACCUCAUUACAUCCUGUGGCUGAGCCCAGAUGGAAGAGAGCAUCAGGCCAGGAAGUGGGGGAAGGAGCAGCGGUGGUCGAAGGACAUAUAUUUAGUUGUCACAGGUAGUCUUCGGUGUCCGUGCCCAGUGGUUAGUCCUAGAAUUGCAAGCCUCGUUAUAUUGCACACGUCCUCCUUCCACUCCUCUUGUCUCGCAGCAGCCGUCGUCUUUCCUCCCCCCGGCCCCGUGGACGGGUGAUGAGCAUCAGAGGCAGUUGCACCAAAGUGAUUCUCAGCCCAGUUCUGCAUCCCCAUCUCCCACCCGGGCAGCCCGGACAGUUGUUGGCCAUCACGCGUCUCGUAAUUCCAUUUGGGUUCCUCUCCUCGUGCACCAUAGCUUCCUCCGCACGCACUCUAGCAGGGCAGCACAGGAGGCUCUGACCGUGUCCCAAGAAGCUUCUUUUCCCCCUGGCAGCACCUUGCAGACACGCACCUUACUGGGAAUGUACUGGGUUGAUGCUAGUGAGAUCUGGCGCUGCCGAUCUUGCGUAGGUGGCAGCUGAUGGGGAUCCACCGGGGGAAGCUGGCAGAAAGUGGCUACUCUCCCUUUUCUUUUCUUUUUUGAGGGAGAGGGGGAUAUUUUUGGCAUUAUGAUUAUUGUCCACCUUCCAGUGGCCAAGUUCUGGGCUGCAUUAAUAGUUGGGGUUCAUUGGCUGUCGCGGCAGGUAUGGAGCUUCUCACCAACCUUAAUAGCAAACGUCGUGGCUGGAUCCAGAGCCUGGAUCCAGGCUGGGUUUCUCCCAUGCUGGCAAAGUGCUUUCAGUAGGCUCCAGAUAGGAAUUUCUAGGCAGACAGGGAAACAGCACUCCUCCGAGUCCGGCUCAGAUCUGCACUUCCAUGUCCUGUCCUCAGCUUGGGAAAAAACUCAACCCAAGCAUACGCUUCCCAGGUCUCCUUCCCCCGUGGGGUGCCUGGCGCCCCAGGGGAGGGGGUGGCGGGAGGCAUUUCGGGAUCACCAAAAGCGAGAUCCAUUUUGGAUGUAUUUAAUGGAAAUAUCUUUCAGGAGGAGAGACCUCCCGACCUUUGCGUUAAUCUCAAGAGCAGGAGAUGAAUUUCCGGCUGUCCUUGCAUAUAGUGAAACAUAGCUGAAACAGCCAAAUGCAAAGUAGAGUUAAAUGUAGGGUUUGACCUGAAUAACCUUUUAAUUAGGAAGAUAAAUUUGUUGUAGCUUGACCUUAGUCCAUGUUAGGAACCUGCUAAUCAUUUGACAUGCAGAGUGUAUUAAUGCUGCACUUAACUUGGCCAUUGGUUUUAUUAUCUGGUUUGGGGAGUUUUUUCACUCCCGAAGCAUCAGUCUGCAUCUUGUAUAGAUUUUCUUUUAUUUCUUUUUUUUUCUUUUCCCGUUCAGAACAUGUAGCACACUGUUGUACUUCUGUUCCUGUCUGCGUAGAGUAUUGCCUUAAACAGAUCAGUUGUGUUGUGGUUUGUUUUGGGUUUUCUUUUUUCUACCAUCAGUUUUAUGCAUUAAUUUAUUUUAAAAUGUGGGUUGUUUUAUUUCAAAAACAUGAAACGUGUAUAAUAUUUUUUUUAACAUUUCCAUUGCAGUAUUUAUCAUUGUUACUGGUUGUGUGUAGUGUAACAGAAUUAAUGAUAUUAAAAAGCAUACAUAUGAAAAACA